CCGGUGACGUCAGCGCGUCUGGACGACAUUACUUAUGCAGCAGUUUGAAGAGAAACAACAACACGAACGACACUCGCACGACGGAACGCGAUCUGGACCGCGUGAGCCCGACGCCUCUUUUCCUCCACCGGGCUUCAACGGCUUCUAACCACGGCCGCUCUCGGUGAGGAAACUCUGGCCUCCGCUUCCUCCUCCUCCGACUCGGACACCGGUGGAGCGUCGCCGCCCCCGCGGAAGAAGCACCGAGCCUCGGCGGCGGAGGGAGCAGGAGAGUCAGGGGCUUCAGCGGGCCUUCCGUCAGCGACUCACCUCAGCCGAACCGGCAACAACAUGCAGUCGAACGGGACUGGACAGGAGCAGAAUCAUACGGCCGGCGCGCAGAACGGAGACGCCAACGGCCUUCAGAACAAUGCGAACCCCAGCGGUGCGGGCUCGGGUUCGGGGUCCUCGGGCACGGGCUCCCUGAAGAAGAAGAAGCGCUUGUCUCAGGCGGAGGAAGAUGUCAUUCGCCUGAUCGGACAGCAUUUACACGGGUUGGGGCUGAAUCAGACGGUGGACUUGUUAAUGCAGGAAUCGGGCUGUAGACUGGAGCAUCCGUCAGCUACAAAGUUUCGAAACCAUGUCAUGGAAGGAGAAUGGGACAAGGCUGAAAAUGACCUGAAUGAGCUGAAAGCUUUGAUGCAUUCACCCAACGCUGUUGUGCGGAUGAAGUUUCUGCUCUUACAGCAGAAGUAUCUGGAGUAUUUGGAGGAUGGGAAGGUUUUGGAAGCGCUGCAGGUUUUGAGAGGAGAACUUACUCCACUCAAAUACAACACAGACCGUAUCCAUGUGCUCAGCGGGUACCUGAUGUGUAGUCAUGCUGAGGAUCUGAAGGCAAAGGCAGAAUGGGAGGGAAAAGGUGCCGGAUCACGAUGUAGAUUACUGGACAAACUCCAAACGUACCUGCCCCCCUCUGUAAUGUUGCCCCCUCGACGACUGCAAACGCUGCUCAGACAGGCUGUCGAGAUGCAGAGAGAUCGCUGCCUUUAUCACAACACCAAAAUGGACUCCAGUCUGGACUCUGUGUCCUUACUGCUGGAUCACGUCUGCAGCAGGAAACAGUUUCCCUGUUACACACAACAGAUCCUCACAGAGCACUGCAAUGAAGUCUGGUUCUGCAAGUUCUCUAAUGACGGCACUAAACUCGCCACUGGAUCAAAGGACACAACCGUAAUUAUCUGGCAGGUGGAGCCGGACACUCACCAGUUGAAGAUCUUACGGACUCUGGAGGGUCACGCGUAUGGUGUGUCUUAUCUGGCCUGGAGUCCUGAUGAUGUUUAUCUGAUCGCCUGCGGUCCGGAUGACUGCUCUGAGCUCUGGCUUUGGAACAUUCAGACAGGAGAACUGCGGACAAAAAUGAGUCAGUCUCAUGAGGAUAGCCUGACCAGCGUUGCCUGGAACCCUGACGGCAAGCGCUUCGUCACAGGAGGACAGAGAGGGCAAUUCUACCAGUGUGAUCUUGAUGGAAACCUGUUGGAGUCGUGGGAAGGCGUGCGUGUGCAGUGCCUGUGGUGUAUGAAUGACGGCCGCACUGUUCUUGCCUCUGACACACACCAGCGGAUCCGUGGAUACAGCUUUGAUGACCUAACGGACAGAAACAUGGUUCAAGAGGAUCAUCCUAUAAUGUCUUUCACUGUUUCUAAGAAUGGAAGAUUAGCUUUGUUAAAUGUAGCAACUCAGGGUGUUCAUCUCUGGGACCUGCAGGACCGUGUAUUGGUCAGAAAGUAUCAGGGUGUGACACAAGGUUUCUACACCAUUCACUCGUGCUUCGGUGGACACAACGAGGAUUUCAUUGCCAGCGGCAGUGAAGAUCAUAAGGUAUAUAUUUGGCACAAGCGCAGUGAGCUGCCAAUUGUGGAGUUGACAGGACACACACGCACAGUGAACUGCGUAAGCUGGAACCCAUGUAUUCCCAGUCUUAUGGCCAGCGCUUCUGAUGACGGCACAGUCCGUAUCUGGGGUCCCGCCCCCAUACUGGAUGCACAAGAGCAGGACGUUCUCAACGAGAGUUGCAGCAGUAUGGACAGUUGAUGGCAGCCCUGGAACAGGCGUCUUCAUAUGACAAGAAAUAUGCGAUUAUCCAACAGAGAAAAACACGAUUACAGCAUUGUCCUCCUCCACAACGACACAUGAGUGCAAACAUGAAAGAGAUUCAGAGCUUCAGUUUCAGGAGUUUGGAGGCAGCAGAGGCUGACACUGAUGUGUCUCCAUAUAGCGACCUGCUUCCAUAACAACAGAUCUGAUCUUUAUUCCAUUGCGGGAUUGUUCCCACAUUACCUCCCCCAUUAGGCCUGAAGACAAGACCCCACCCCCCUUUUAUGCUGGGCAGCAGCCCAUCGGCACUUGCAAGUUCAAAAACAUGCAGGGGGUAACCAAGGGUACGGCCGGUGUAUAACGUAAUGUUUCUCUCUCUCUUUCUCUCAAUCCUAAGAGACAGAGGACAAACGCUUUUUUUUUUUUUUUUUUUUUUUUUUUUUAAGAUAUACUAGUCCUAGCAAUUCUCUUUUGUUCAUUUAGCAUUUGAUCAGAUUGGGCUUUAGUGUUUAAGAUGGAGUGCUGUAGUUUGUUUUUUAUCUUUCAGAACACACAAGCAUUUGUUUCAGCUUAGUCUCUUCAACCUGUGACCAGACUCCCUGCCCACAUCACAUCAGCUGGGGUCAAAGGUCACCUGUUUGUGUGUGUACGUGUUCUGAUUUCUGAGUUUGUGUUCGACUGAAUUCUGCUUUGCCCUCCCUUCUGUAGCACAGCCGUGUGUGUGUGUGAGAGAGAGCGAGAGAGAGUAAGUGUGUUCAUUUGUGACUGAGUUUGUGUAUGUUCGCAUGUGGCACUCUUUAACACCAGCGUGAGUGUGUCCCUUGUUUAGCUGUAUGAAUAAUUUUAACUGAAUUGAAGCCCCAGAGACCUUCAUCUGUGGAACAAAAACUUGAGAACCAUUUUGUAUAUUAUUUUUUAUUUUUUAAUGAAAAUUCUUAGUGGAGUUCCUUAUUUCACCACUAACCUUAGAGGUGGCAUUUAGGAGAUAAACUUUGUUAUUAGUAAAAAAAAAAAAAAAAAAAAAAGGCACGUUCUGGUCAUCAGUGUAUCUGCAGAUGCACAAAUAUUGCGACAAAUCUGCAUUUUACACAGAAUGUUUGUGAAAAUGUGCCGAAUGCAACCACAGACAACUUGAGAAAGAAAGAUACUGUGACACUCAAGAAAUUUGGCUCCUAAUGAGAAGUUUGUGGUGUAUAAAUGACUUAUGCAGCAACAUUUGACCUGAGAGCCCCCAUAAAAUAUUUCUCACGACAGCCAUACCAGCAUUAAAACAAACCCCCCCCCCUUCUAGCCGCACUUCAUAUCCAAACAGAUUUAAUCUACAUGAAAGCUCUGCCUGUAUGCUUGUUCAGUUAUAUCAUCUGGUAGAUUCACAUGCUCAAGUUCCCUGAUCUGAGCUGUAUACACCAAAUAUUGAGAAUUAUGAUUCCCCCUUUUUGCUGAGAAAUAAAUAUUUGCAAUAGACUCAUAUUAGAUGUUUAAAAAGAAUGCUUUUCUGCCUGUUUUUAUGGAAGUUUUUGUUACUCUUGGUUUACAAUAUUUUUUUUUUUUUUUUCGAUUUUGGUUGACAUUAUCUCUGUAUCGUUAUAUUAAACUAUAACCAGACAAAUUGUCUCCUCCUUUUUUAAUCAUUAUCAACAUUCUUUCCCUUUUAAAACUACAUUGAUUGAUUUUAUUGACAUCCAUAUGUGCUUUCCGUAGUCACAAGAUGGUGCUAAAAUAAAGAAAAUCCUGUUUAUUUCCCUUACAGUCCCUUCAUAUUUACAGGAGGGCAAGAAUUCCACUUUAAUCCAAAUGCCUUUUGAAAUGACAUCAAAACUACACAUUUACCACGAACAAUCCUGAGUUAGUGGAGAAACAUUUAAAUAUUAGGGUUCAACUUGGCCAACAUUCUGAAUUCAAAAAGAGCCAUGUGUAAUUCAUUAUGAAAGCAGCUAUUUCAGAGCACUUAUUUUGUUCCAAUCGAAUAUCUCAGUUAUUAAAGAUAUGUAAAAUGGGUUUUGAGAUUUUAAUUUCUUCAGUGGAUUCAAGAUAUAUCUUUGAAUUGGUCAGCUACACUUGUAAAGCCCUUUUCGAGCUUUGUAUUUUGGUUUUGAUUGAAUUUUGCCUGAAUACUUGAGGACCGUAUUGUGCCAUAAGCAAAAAACUAAUAAAAUCUCAACAAUAAUUGGUCACUGUUCAGACCAGGCUGAUGCUUGUGCACACUGUAAAACAUUUUUGUUGUUGAUUUAAUUGAUCUGAGAGUAGUUGGUCACUUUCUUUGACCGUUCAUCAUCACUCUUUGAUAUAAAUAUAUAAGAACAAGCCUGCUCGAUAAAGCAGUAAACAUUAUUUUGAUGGAUGUAGUAUUGUUACUCUUACUGUAGGGUAUGUGAACCCUACUAUUACUAACCAUAUGCAAGUUAAGGGUCUCUUUUCCAGCUCAUGUUGCUCUUAUGUUUGAUUUGGUAAUAGGAGUGACUGGUUAUGAUUUAAUCUAAUUGAUAAAUUCUCCUGUAAGAAGGGGAUCCAUUUGCAUUAAAUGUGUUAUUACAAAAGUGAUUGUACUGUUUUGUAUUGUUGUGAAGGAGAUGUGAUAUGUAUGCAUAUUUUCAAUAAAGCAUUCAGGGUUUUGAAACAGAA